AUGGCUGAAAUACUUAAAGAAUGGCUGACAGAAAGGUUACAACGGCAGAUUGUGUGGAGAGCUGAGGAAUUUGGCAACAUGAUGAAAAAUGGACACAUCAUUGCAAGCGUUCUGCUCAGCUACAAUGUUAUAAAUGAGGAGAAACAUUACCUCAUCAGGUCUAGUAACGCCACGGUAGACAUCGAAAACAACUGGAAAUAUUUACAAGAAUGGUUACGUGAAUUAGAAAUCACUAUGACCCCAACUGAACUUUCGAAUUUGAAGGAAGGCAAAGGGACCACUUUGUUGAGGCUUUUCUACCAACUCUUCCUCCAUUUGGAUCAAUUGGACCGCAUUGAUUUCAUCAAACGCGAAAGAAAAAUGGUUUCCAAUUUGGUAAAAAAAAUGGACAAGAGAUUCAAAGUUGAUAAAAUUGAGGAAAAAGAAGAGCCCACCGUUGAUUUCUUGUCGAAACCUUUACUCAACGAGAAGCAUUUUAUUGAGUGGCAGAGAAAGAAGUCCGAAGAAGUGAAAGAGACCUUUGACUAUUUGCGUCAUAAAUACGUAAAGACACUGCAAAAUAUAGAAGAAAAGAAAACGCCAUGUUAUUAUCCUACAGCAAAACCGAAGAAGCUUACUGCAAAAGACAAAAAAGAUAUGGAAAUAUUUUCAAGGAAAUAUCCGUGCAAAACAAAAAACUAUACGUAUGAAGAGCUUGUAGAAAUGGAAAAUAGGGCCUCUGAAGAGAGCAAAGCGCUGAUGGGUUCUGAGUGGGCUCAAAAUUACAUGGAAAAUCUCUAUACUAGAAUGCAUAAGAAAGCUGACUCUGAGGAAUUUCAAAAACAAAUGACAAACGCGCUCAGCAGCGCAAUGUGGAACCAGACGAUCACCGAAGAAGAAACUAACCUUGAUACUGAACUCGCUAAGAAAGUAUUGAAACUGUCGCAAUUUGAAAAGCAAAUGUGUACACAAAUAAUGGAGACCAAGCAACAAGCUCGUAAUAUGUUUCAGAACAGGGUCAGAGCUGAAAAUGAGUUUUCUAAUCAGAGAAAACAACAAUUUGAUCAGUAUCUUGACAAUAUUAAAGAACAGAUUAAUUCGGCCCUUGAUGAAAUAGGUUUUGAGAAAUCUCGACAAAAUAUGCUGCAUAAACGCCUAUAUGCAGAAAAAAUGAAAAGAAAACGACAACAUUAUUACGAGAUUUGUUAUGAAACCAUGCUAUCAAUUGUGGAUUAUGCGACCAGGUAUGCUUAUUACAAAAAACUCAUCGGUGAUGAUAUUCCAGAACAUUACAUUCAUGAAUGGAAAAUGCUUUAUUUUAAACAACAACCUAUUUUUGAAAUAUUGGAGCCCACAGAAGAUCUUCUUAUUGAACCUGCCCUUGAAGAGGAGGUGCUUCCAGAAGUUGAAGAAAUUAUAAGACUAGAACUAGAUAGGCAACAGUCAAUGAACGAUGGCGAAUUCUUGGAAUAUCAUAAUUACACUGGUCCUUGGAAUUUGGACCAUUUGCUUUCUAAUUUUGAUCCAGAGUCCGAGGAAAGGAAAUUUGAAUACCUCGGCACUCGUGUACUAGGCCACGUUGUGUAUACUUUGCUGGAAAUGAAGUAUCCCUACCCGCCACCCAGGCCUCCCGCCGAUCUGCCGCAGUUUACAUCUAAGGCCAUUUUGCGCAACUUACCAGACAGAGCCAUAACGACUGCAAUGCAAACAUUACUGGACUUUAGGCGUAUACAUGUGGUUCGAAUCGAGGCUGCUAUUAAUUACUGUCUAAAACAAUUUAGGACUGAAAUGGUAGGGUGCACGGAUAUUGAACUAUCAUUCGAUAAAUUUCUCCUCGCAGCUCAGGAAGAACCCGAGAAAGAGUUGAUCAGGUUAAUGAAAUCAGAUGAUGAAACAAUGAGUAAAAGUCUAGAACCUCUUCCUGUCAUUGGUGCUCCACCUCCUAACACGAAGCAAACUCAAACGCCAAAGACAAUACCUGAGGAAGAAAUAGUAUUAUCUACAGCAGCAGAGCUGGGUAAAUAUGCAUAUCAGGUUUUAAGUGGUGGGGACGCAAUGACAGAUUAUUUAUUAGCCGCUAUGAUUGUGGAAUAUAUCAAAGCCCAGGUUGAUAUAAAGGGGUUUGUUAUAAUAAACUACCCAAAUUCAUAUAGAACAGCUCAAAUUCUAGAAGAGGUGUUUUCCGGGCGUGCUCCUCCAGGUGAAGAAACUUUAGAAGGCAAAGAUGAAAUUUACUUAGAAGAAGCUAUUGCGAACCAUCGCAAAGCUGAAAAAGAUGAAUAUAAAGAGAUACGUAAAUCGAUGCUUGUAAAUAAUCCACAUAAAAGAGAUAUUGAGCAACCAUUCGAGAGUUUCUUUACUUGUUACAUCCAACUAAAAGAAACAGAAGAUAUUCUUCAAGAACUUGUUGUUUGGGACUUAACUGAAGAAAAUUCCGAAUUAAUAGAAAGAUUUUACUCCGUUUUAGGAAUAAAUUACAGUAUGUACUACGAAUUAAUCGAAAAAGAUUUUUUGGCCCAGAUCUGCAAAUACAUUAUAGGGGACUGUCUUGCAUCCGUAACGUCAUACUCUGAUAUAUUAUUUGGUGAAAAUGUAUUAAGCAACCUUAAUUUUCCGUCCACCACUGAUAAAAGAACAAAAUCAAAAAUUCUUAAACCUGAAACGGCGGGUGGCAAAUCCAAAGACCGAUUAGCAGGAAAAUCCAAAACUAAUCAAUCGGGACAGUCACUAUCACAUUCGGCCUUAAAUGUGGUCAAAGAUCCUUCCUCUGCAGACAUUUCACAAGAAGAUACUAUGAUUGCGAUUGAAGCUGAAGAGGCUGAUGCAGAAGCCGAUAUUGGAGAUCUGGCGGAAGAAGUAAUAAUUUUGGCUGGAGAGGAAGAUUGGGACUAUGGCAAAAUACCUUUUGCACAAUCAAUAGGUACAGCGUUAGCUACAUGUUGGGAAGAAGUAGAAAAGAUAUAUCUCAACGACAUGAAACAAUUGUUCUUUGCUAUUCGCCUGCAGAUGAAUAGUUUGGCGCUUUACGUCAGAUUCAUCAAAGAUAAGAUGACCCAAAUCAUUACAUUGCCGUCAAACAAACAGGAUUUGGUAAGCCAAUUUCAAAAGGACUAUAAUGAAUUUGAAAAUGAUUGGAGAACUGUCGGGGUUACUAAAAAUGAAUGGCACUGCAGAGUGAAAGAUUUACAGAGUAAACUUUAUCAUAUUUGCGAUGAAAGGAAAUUACACGCGGAACAAAAAAGACAUGCCCUCAUUAUGGAUAAUUGGACGAUGGAAGAACUGACUGCGAUGGCUAAUUCAUACAUCUCAUGCAUGCAAGCGGAAGUAAAUAGGUCAAUAUUAACCUUCCAAGCUCUACAUGACUUCUACUUUGCUCAGCUCAAAAAACUGCCUCCAAACGACCGGCUGACAAGCAAAGAGUUAAAUAAAAUAAGUUAUGACCUAUCGGAUGACGCAGAUUCCUCAACAACCAAGAAAUCCGGCGGAGAAGACAAAGUUUUCAGACAGUUACGAACCGCAUUUCUUGAUCUACAGCUAAAAAACAUACAAAUUGACUACAGUAAUAACCCAUUCAAUAUUAUCUUGGAUAAUAAUGCCAAGUUUGCUUUAAAAGUAAUCAAAGAUAUUAAUGAUUCUUAUCGUUCUCUGAUUAGUAGGGAGUAUACUGAACUUGCCAAGCUUGUGUCAGCUCCUAAGAAAAAGGAAGAUGUAGAAUCCGAACCAUCGAUUACAUCAGAGGACAUAUUCAAAGCGAAUGCACUAAAAUGUAUCGAUGAAUGGACAAUGGGUAUUAAUGGUGAAAUGUACAGAGUUAGCCUACGAAUAUUAGCUUUGCAGUAUAAAUGCUACAAAGACAUGAAAUUAUUCAACGAUAUAAUUUACAAAACGUUCAGACUGGUGCAAAAUGAGAUCAAUACAUAUUAUUUGAAUGAAAUUGAAUCCGUAGAUCGUCUUUGUAAAUAUCUUCAGCUAGCUGUUGAAGAUAGUAGAAAAAUUCCAGAAACCCUUAUCUUGGAGCAUGAUACAUUCAUUAUUGAUCCUAACCUUCUACAGUUUCCACCACCGGCACCGCCAGCUGAGCCCCUAAUUGGUGACUACGUUUCUGAUAUGGAAUUUAAAGUUUCUCAAUUAGAACGUUUGAAAUCUCAAUUCAAGAUAGUAGCCCCAACAGGAAUCGCACUACAGCAGUCAUUUAUAUAUAUUUUACAAGACUUUUUAAUCUUUGGCCACGAAACGUGUGAUGGCUCUCUCGUUCCAGAAUUGUGGAAACGUUUAGAUCCCGAACAAGUGCCGAAAUUAGUAUUCCAGAUGUUCGGAGAUACUGUUUACGUUGACUGGAGAGAUUUCCUUAUUUACUGUGCAAAUUUAAGAUUUCCAUCUGUAGGAGAGCUACUCGAUUUACGUCACGACUUACGAUGUAUUGACCAAGAUUCGACAGAACUUAUUGGACGAGAUGAGUUCAUUGCGACAGAAUUAUGGUUCGAACGGGACUUUGACUCACAAGAUCCAUGUGAGCAACUGAGAAAAAACCUGAUAAAAGAGUUCCUUUUCAACCUUUUUGAGACAUCACAGGGCAAGAUGAAUUAUUCAGCAUUUCUUUUAGCUUUAUGCAAAAGUGCCGAUCCCAUUGAGGGUUUCGCUGCAGCUCUAUCGGUUGCAGUUGGAAAAAAGGUUUGCCACUCAUAUGAAGAAUGCAGCGAAAUCGUAUGUCAUUUAAUUAAAGACAAACAAUAUCGAGAUGCUUGUCGCGAAUGUGCUUUGCAAUGCACUAAUCAACUUUUGGAUAAAGUUAUUGCCAAUGUAAUCGAUACAUGCGUGGGCACUACUAUAAUAGAGUUGCAGUUUGAACCUGUAGUUGAAAGUAAGAAGGGCAAAAAAGGAAAAGAUAAGGAAAAAGCUUCGGCCUCGAAAUUAAAGAAAGGUGACCAAGUUACGGUGUCACAAAGCGCUCGCAUGUCUAAAGAAAAUAACCUGAAUGUCGCGAGUAAAACCAAAGUGCGAUCGGCGGUAGAGGUUCGAAGUACAUUCAUAUGUCCACCUUGUCAAGAGGAUGAGGUCGCGGACGAGAAACCACAGGAAGUAGUUGAAGAGGAGCAAAAGGUAGAGUCGCCCGAUGAAGAUCCUAAAAUAGCUUACGCUGUGAGUCAGAAAGUGAUCUGGAAUGUGCUGGAGAUUUGUUUGCCUUGGCACUUCACUCUAAUCCCUGAAGAGAAGGCUACUCCAUACAAGAAUCGGGUGCAGGAAAUUUUGAAGUGGCUCGAACAUGAGACGGACAAUGGUGAUAUCUACGUCUGCCAUUUCUUAAAGGAGCCGGACAUUUGCAAAUUAAUGCAUAAGGUGAAAAAAUUCACAGCACUGAGUUUACUGGAAGAAGUACGUAAAAUAAUAAUGUGAUUUAUGUGAUGCAUGCAUAAUUUUCAGAGGUAAGUAUGUAAUUAGAUAAAUUAUAACAUAACUGAAAAGAAGUUUUUUGGGUUCAUCAAUUUACGGCUUGUUCUAAUUUUUAUGAUUGGUCUUAUUACGAUAUUCGUAAUAAACUAUGUUAAUACCACUGAC